AUGCUUCCUCCCAAGCCUACAGCUCACACGAGCGCUACCCUCGACAUCUGGAGACGUCUGCGAGACCUCAAGAGCCAUGAGGAGCAGAUCGUUCUCGAUGGCAACAACCUCGAUAUUGCCUCCAUCAUCGCUGUCGCCCGCCACGGCGCUAAGCCCACUAUCACAGAUGAUCAGGACAUUGCUAAGCAGCUUGAUCUCUCCGUGAACACCCUAUCCGAGUACCUUACCCACAACUAUGUCGUCUACGGUGUUAACACCGGCUUCGGUGGAAGUGCCGACACCCGCACAAAUGAGCUCGUUGAUCUGCAGACCCAUUUGUUGCAAUUCAUUCAGAGUGGUAUCAUCACCGCUGCCGACAAGGAUCCCUCCAACAACUGGGAGCGUGAGCCCUCUCGCGUGAUGCCUCCUUCUUGGAUCCGCGCAACCAUCGUUACACGAGCAAACCAGAACCUCCGAGGCCACAGUGCCAUCCGCAAGUGUGUGCUCGACAGCCUCCUUGACCUUCUUAACAAUGACAUUAUCCCCAUGGUUCCCCUGAGAGGUACCAUCUCCGCCUCCGGAGAUCUUAUGCCCAUGUCCUACAUUGCCGGUGCCAUCACAGGAAACCCCGAUGUCUUCUGCCAAGUCGGCAAGGGUUCCAAGACCAGAGUUAUGCCCGCCUCUGAGGCGUUGCAGCAGAGCGGCCUCUCCGCCUCAGGACUCGGUCCCAAGGAGGGUCUUGGUCUCAUUAACGGCACUGCCCCUUCAGUGGCAGUUGCCAGCAUGGUCCUUUACGAUGCCCAGCAGCUUGCGCUGCUCUCUCAGAUGCUGACCGCAUUCUCCUCUGAAUGUCUGGCAGGUAAUGUCGAGUGGGCUCAGCCCUUCUGCCAUGACACUCGCCCUCACCCCGGACAGAGUGAGGUCGCUGCCAACAUCCGCCACUUCUUGAAGGGAUCUGAGUUCGUUGUUGGAUUGACUUCCCGCAAGAAGACUGGCGAGGGUCUUUGCCAGGAUCGUUACUCUACCAGAACCGCUCCCCAGUGGGCUGGUCCUUACCUCGAGGAUCUCCUCUUGGCUCAGGAGCAGUUGGAGGUGGAGCUUAACUCCACAUCCGACAACCCCAUUGUCGACACCAGUGACCUCAGCGAAGAUGCCGAGGGCGCCGUGUACUCCGGUGGUAACUUCCAGGCCGCCUCUGUCACCUCCGCCAUGGACAAGACCCGUCUUGCUAUCCAGAUGAUUGGUCGCAUGCUUUGGUCCCAGGUCACCGAGAUCAUCAACCCUGUCACAAAUAACGGCCUCGAGGCCAACCUUAAUGCUAGUGAUCGCGAGAACUACACCAUGAAGGGUAUCGAUAUCAACAUGUCUGCCUACAUGUCUGAGUUGGCCGCUCUUGCUGCCCCUGUCUCUGCUCACGUUAUGUCUGCUGAGAUGCACAACCAGGGUAUCAACUCCCUAGCUCUUAUUUCUGCUCGUCGCACUAUGGAAGCCGUCGACCUUCUUGGCCACAUGAGCGCCUGCCACCUCUUUGUCUGCUGCCAGGCUGCGGACCUCCGCGCAAACCACAAGCGUUUCAUCGCCAGCCUCCAGAACAAGGUCGCUGACACCACCCCCAGCGGUGCCCUGAACGGACUUGGACUGUCCGCCGCCCAGAUCGCCACUCUGAGCACCACUUUGUUCCCCAUUAUUGAAGAUGCCUGGUACAAGGCCAACACCAACUGCUGGAAGGACCGCGUCACUGCCGUGGUUAAGUCUCUGACUACCCCCAUUACCGACUUCUUCGCUUCCACUGGACACGAGUGCACAGUCUCCGAGCUUAUCGCCUUUAAGAAGAACUUCGAGACUGCUGUCUUUGAUCUCGCAUCCACCAUGUACUACCCCGGCCCCGUCAUUUCCUCUGAGGAAGUGGCCGCACAGCUUGGCCAGGGCACCUCCCAGCUUUACAACUGGGUGCGCUCCACCAUUAAUGUUCCCCUCCACUGCGGUCUCCGCGAUGACCCCUUGUACAACGCCCAGCAAGGUCUUCCCACCCAGGGCAAGAAGUCCGUCGGCAGCUGGGUCAGCACCGUUUAUGAGAGCAUCCUUAAGGGUGGCAUGAUGGAGAUGGUCAUGAACGACCUUGACGGAUACGCUGCGAGCACCGUCAAGAGCUCCAAUGGUGUGCACGCCAACGGUACCAACGGCACCAAUGGCACCAACGGAGUUCACCACGCCAAUGGUGCUAACGGUACCAACGGUGUGAAGUGUUAA